CAGGUCACGGCCAAGAUCCGAGUAUCUACCUUACUGAGUGUGUGUUGCCUGCCGCAGGCCCCCAUCUCCCCAGCCAGGAUUGGUACACUACUGGCAUGGCGGGGUGGCGGCGAGGUCGCUGGGCAUACCUCCGUUACCCAGAACUGACAGGACUGGUGGAGAGGACACACCAAAGUCAGAAUGACUAGGCGCUCACCUGAAAUGUCAUGCGUGCCUACGUGACGGAAGGGACGACCAUGGCGCCGCGAGGGUCACAAGUGAAGCAUGCCGGCGACAGCGUCAGUGGUGCCCCGCGGCGCCGGCCUCUGCCGUGAUGACUUGUCUAUGAAGGUGGUCUGGAGGAGUGUAAAAACAUAAUGCUGAAAAGGCCAACCCACAUCAAGCAGUUCCUGGAUGUGUGUAGUGUUCUGUACUGCCAUGCGCCAUCGCGGCCAGUACCUCCUCCGUGAUUGUCGCUCCGUUAUUAAUGUUCUGCACGUCGCUUACCCUUCAGGUUCGGCCGGCUGUCUCUUAUUGGGAAAAGCGUAGUGUUCUUGGUAACCGCUAUUCCACUGAACUGCUGACGUGACGCUGGUGCCCCACCUCGUGCCCGUCUAGCUGUCUGUCCUCCACAGGCACAACACCUUUUGACAUAAGUGACACUUGUCUGCGUGUCUGGAUGCCUUGGAUGGCUUGGCAUGAAUGAGCGAAGGGCAGAGUCCACUUUACACCAAGAAAUGGAGGAUCGUGCUUGCUAUCCUGCUGGGAGUGACCUUGAUGGGCCUUUGUAUCCUGGGCUUCUACGUGAGUGUCAAGACGCGCGGUGUUCUGGAUGGCGAGAUUGCUAUGCCUGCCACUUCCACCGUUCCGCCCCUCUCCUCCAGUGCGGGGUGGAGGAGCAGUCCCAGCGGCCCCUCCUGCCUCUCCCUCCACAACGAUACGUGUCCUGAAGAUUUCUCGACGCCGCCGCUGCUGGUGAUCGGGCUGGACGGUCUCAGACCAGAUGCACUGCGGGAGGACCUGACACCUGCCCUUGUGUAUCUGAGAAAGUGCGGCGCCACCACCCACGGCAUGGUGCCCACUUACCCCACCACCACUUUCCCCAACAUGUACACCAUAGCUACGGGCCUGUACCCCGAGAGUCACGGCGUGGUGGCCAACAAGAUGCACGACCCAGACAUCACCAGGGAGUUUGUGCUGGGUAACGGCAGCAUCCACAACCCCGCGUGGUGGGGCGGCGAGCCCAUCUGGUACACCUCCACCAAGCAGGGAAUGAAAUCAGCCACACUCUUCUGGCCGGGGUCUGACGUGUCCAUCCAGGGGGGCUACGCGGCCUACUGGAAGAGCUACCAGUCCCACAUCACCUUUGAGGAGCGCAUCACCAAGAUUCACGAGUGGUUGAGGUUGCCGGGACACGAGAUGCCUCACCUCAUCAUGGUCUACUUUGAGGAGCCCAUGCGCACCAUUCGGCAGUAUGGGCUGGACUCGGAGGAGGCUGACAAGGAAAUGAGAAACAUUGACCUGAUGAUAGACGAGCUGAUGAAUUCCCUACACAAGGAGAAUCUGGCUCACUGCAUUAAUGUGAUGGUGCUGUCAGACCAUGGUGUGGCGCCCUUUUCCUGCUCCAACAACUUCCACAUGCAAACGUUCAUGAAGGACAUUGAAGCAGAGGUGCACAUUUACACUGGUGCUGUGGGAAGACUGAGGACGAAGGAGACAAGCAACAAGGCUGAGGCCGAAGAGAAGAUUUUAAACACUUUGAGGUGCAAGAACCCCAAGGUGCGUGCUCUGCCCAAGGAACUCUUGCCACGAAGGUACCACUACACCAACAACAAGAGGAUAGAGAACAUAAUCCUGGACACGUCACUCAACACUCGGCUCGUCACAAACUCUGACCGUGACUGCAAGAAGGCUAUCCAUGGCUACAACAACCUGGAGGCCUCAAUGCAGGCACUCUUCAUAGGCUUCGGUCCAGACUUCAAGGUGAAUCAGACCAGCCAUAACUUCAGGAAUGUGGAGCUGUAUAAUCUGAUGUGCCAGUUGCUACACAUCAAACCAGUCAGCAACAAUGGCACAGCAGGGAGUCUGAACCAUUUGCUGCGUGACCCUCCUCCUGCCUCCCCCAACCCUGCUGUCCUGACUGAGGAGCUCCUGCCUCCCCCUGUUGGCAUGCUGCAGUUAAGAAGCUCUGAGGAUGCAUGCCAGUGCUUUAUUCCUGAGGCUCAAGAUGCAUUGGGGGAAGAGAGUCUUGCCCGUAGGCGCCGCAGUGGUGAGGCCAGCAGCAGCGGCAGCAGUGACACUAACAAAAUCAACAACACAGAAAAUGCUGACAGUAGUGACAGUGUUAAGAAUGACCCCAGUAACAACAACCCUGACACCACCACCACCACCACCUCCAGCACCACCACCACUAGUACAACCACCCCUCCCCCAACCACUACCCCCUCUACCACCACUACAUCCCCACCUACUACCACUACCACUACCACCACACCACCACCAGACACCACUACCUCUUCCACCACUACUUCCUCUACCACAACCACUCCCACCACUACCACCACCACUACAACCACCACCACUACCACUACCACCACUCCUGCCCCCACCACCACCACCACCCCAAGACCCAUGACGAGGGAGGAACAAAAGCUGCUCCUCAAUACACAUGUUCCUUGGGGCAAUCCAGGUCUCUCCAAACCAAAAGAUAUCCAGGGAAAUUUGAAGGUUCUGUUGCAUUCCAGUCAUGUUAUCGGUUUGCAUGAGACUCUAUCCCUGGGAGUGUGGACGAGCUUCACCUUAUCCAACGCCACCCUGACAGUGCUGGAGGAGGAAGCGGGCCUGGAAGAGCAGCAGCCAGUUCCUGCAUGUUGGAGGGCUGAUCCCCGCUUGGAGCGCUCUCAGCAGGACCAGUGCCAGAAGAUGCUGACUGAAGAGGCGUACCUUGAUAGUAAUGUCACCCUCACACAGCUCUUCCCUGAGGAGCUUGAAAUGAAAAAACUCUUGGAGGCUGAAGGUUACUUGCUCUCCAACAUGGCUCCAGUGAGGGCCGGGUAUGCUGAUGGUGGUCGGCAGGCCAUGGUGAAGGCUAUCAAGGAGUGGACCAAGUCUCUUGGGGCCAUCAAUGUGAUUCAUGGCCCCAUCUUUGACCUUGAUAUUGAUGGCCACCAGGAUCCUGUGGCCACCGUGCUGAACACUGUCAAACCUCUCGUGCCAAGUAACUACUUCUUUGUGAUAAGCCAGUGUGGAUCAGUGCCUUGUCCCAGCAAGCCCAAGGAGAUGCUGGCCUUCAUCUUCCCCAACACACACUUCCCUGACAACUGCCUCAUGAGCGACAGUGAGUACCUGAACUAUCACUUGGCCAAUGUGCGGGACGUGGAGCUGCUCACCGGCCUGCAUUUCUUCAGGAAUGUGUACAACCACGCAGCCCUAGAGUACCGAACCAUGCAGCCCCUCACCACCUGGCCCCUUCCUCCAUCCUGGGAUGCCCCUCUUGUCCUUACUGAGUGACAGAAUGGGCAAAGCUGAUUCUUUUGCUGCAGAGAACAUACAGCUCUCAUAACCCAAGUGUGUGUGUGUGUGUGUGUGUGUGUGUGUGUAGUUACCUAGUGUGUAUUUUUGUGGGUGUGUUUGCAUGAGAGGUUUUGUAAGAGAGUGGAUCAAGUACCAGAAAAUGUAAUGAAGCACUACACCACACUCGGUACAAGAGUGUGUGGUGGAUGCCUCACUCACCAGACAAACAGAAUGUCUCUCUUUGUGCAGGUUGGAUGACUGUCCCUCUUUAGAUAAGAAAAUUCUGAUUCCUCUGCAAUUUGAAUUCUUUUGUUAUGCGAAGAGAAGUUGGCUGAGGUCUGAAAAUUCUCUAAAACGUCAUUAAUAUUACUUUCCCCCCAAAUUAUGAAAUUAUUGAUGCCAGUUAUAUAAAAGAAGGCUGAUUGGUCCUUGACUUCCACUCUGCUUAGAGACUUCAUGCAUUGCUAAGAGGAAUGUAUUGUGCUAGAUGUAUAUACUUGUAGUAGCAAAGAUGUUUUAUUGCACAUGCAUGCCAUAACAUUUAUAGAGUAUUUUUCCCCCAAGAUGAGUAGAUGUGUGUGUGUGUGUGUAUGAAGUCUGUUUAUAAUGUACUGUAAAUCAUUUAUCACCAUAUGAAGUGUAUAUGAAGAAUUAUAUGAAUGUAUAUAUUGAUUCAUGAGAGUGUGUGGUGUGAGGCAAGGCUAGCUGGUGUGAGGUACGAGUAGGUGCUGUGCUGCCAAGAGGAAGUGUACUGUAUAUAGUGUGGCUGCUUCUCCGUCCAGAUAGCAGAGAGUGUGGUGCAGUGGUGGUGCAUUCAGGAGUGAUGCUCAUUGUUUGCUUGUUUGCAGGGAGAAAAUAUGAACUGGUUUGGUAUUGUUGGCAGUAAAUGCACAUACUGAGAUUUGGAUGAAAAAUCAGUGUAUAUUUUUAUAUUAGCUACAAAAAAGGUGUUUAGAAUCCAGGACUCAGACAUUAUAUAUAUUUUAAUCAUUACUGUAUUUAGAUGAAUAAAAAGCAGCAUUUCUAUAUUCCCAAUCACAAAAAAUUCACUAUUUCAAUGUUCUUGGACACAGCAAGAAUUGACAUUUUUACAUCUAAAUAAGCCUAAUAACUACCUUCUUCUGUAUUUCUCUUAGACAAGGUAGAGACAUGAAUAGCGUUCAGUACAUAUCCAGCCAAUGAUACUAAUAGCGAUGCCUUCCUCAUCUGUAAGAGGGACACUGACCUGGGGCAAGAAAAAGGAGAAAAAAAAAAAAAAAAAAAAAUGCCCACUGAUAUGCUGCUAUCUAAUUCUGUAUUUGUGGUGAAUGUGUAGAUGGGGUAAAUGGUGAUGUGGGUGAUGGGGCAGUGAGUCAGGAGUGGCAUAAGGUUGUGGUGGUGGUUGUGGUUUCCUGUGUGGGGUGUUUGGUGGGUGUGUAUUGGUUUGGUGUUCCUGAAGUCAACUUGUAUUCAGAAACCAUGACAUUGAGUAGAAAAAAUUGUGGGAAGGUUUUCAGCUGUGGCACAUUCCAGCAGUUCAGUGUUUGAUAUUGUGAAUGUAACCUUAACCCCUUCAGUACUGGAAUGCAUUUUUUAUCAUGAAUUCUUGGUGUGAUUAGACAAUUUUAUAUACAUUUGGAAGAAUCUAUGAAGGUCAGAAGAUUAAUGGCCAGUGUCUUCACUAUUUUAAUCCUCACAUUAGUUUCUGAAGCUGUAUAAAAUCACCAAAUAGUAAGCGGAAUGAAUAUGAAAUUAUGGCAAGGUACUGAAGGGGUUAAGAUACAUCAGGUCUGAGGUGACAUCAGCUGUGGCUUGGCUUAUACAUAGCUAUACAUCAUUCAUUCAUUCCAGUUUUAAUAGACAGGUAGAUUGUGUAUUUGAGAAUAGGUAAGCUCUUGAUCAACAACAUUAUAAUUUUUUUCAAGGUAUUUAUUAAUCUGACUCCUGCACCUGGGAGAUACAAAGUAAGAAGACAUUUACUGGAGACUUAUGAGCUUUCACUCCCUUCCUGCCUUUCUUCUCAAACUAUACACUCUAUCACUCCUUUUGUUCACUGGAGGUCAUCUUGCACUCUUCAGUCAAUAUUCAUACUUAUUCAGUCCAAGCAAGAGCGAUGUAAAAACCAUUUAUCAACAUUUACUUCAUACAGCUUCACAAUGGUGCAUUUCAUCACCUGACAAGUAACAUGGAAGGCUGCUGCUGCUGACUUGAGUACUUUCAUUGUAUUGUAUUGUUCUUGUACACCUUAUCAUGACAUCAUAUAGUUACCGUAGUGAAAGGGAUUAAGUAAUAGUUGUGUAUCAUUUCAAUGUAGGUCAAUACUGUGUUGUGUUGCGAACGGUUCAUUAAAACAUACUUCAUAAA